AGUAUCCCAAUGGAUGAGACGACCAAAAUCUACGAUUUUCUCUGUCGCGAACUCUACGUUCCUAGGCUGAACGAUAUUCACAAACAUCUCUGGAUUGCAGGCUGGGGCGAGAGUAUACACCCCUUACAUUGGCAUCUUAUGGUUAAACGGAAUAUCGUCAUUGCGGAAGAUCCAGAUAUGCAUCUCGUCUGCACAGACCGAGUUGUUUUCGUGAAACCUUUGCCCGUAUGUUUACUAGAUUAUGACAACUACCUCCAGCACAUCUCGAAUCACGAAUGCCUUUCUUUGGCUGCACGAGGCUUUCUUCGCUCUUAUGCCCGGUUGGUCGUGCAUGAAAGCGACUUUUUGCUCGCUCAGCAACACAAUCUACUUCCCCGAGACAUGGAAUGGAUUGAGUGGAGUAUCCUUGCUAAGGAGCUGCUGGAGAUAUCCACUGCGAGCGUCAACAAGCGUUAUAGAUACGGAGAACUGCGAUUAUCGAGGCUCAACUUGAUCUAUCGUAUUUGGCGUGGUCGAUUGAUGUACUUUCGGUUGCAUCGAAGCUACACUGCAUAUUUUUCCGAUCAGUACAAAAGCUCACUGUUGUUGUUCGCGUAUACGACUGUGGUGCACACCGCGCUACAGACCAUGCUCAAUGUUGGGGGAUCUUCGCUGAGUGUACAGCUGUUAUAUCAGUUGUCGUUCUGGUUCGGAGCACUGACGAUUGGAUCAGUGGUGGCUUCGGUGCUGUUUCUAGGUGUAUAUCUAUUGGUGAUCUUAUUG